CCUCCGCGGACAAACGCGAAUUACUCGGAAAUCCGCUCGUAGUGUGCUGUCUGUGUGUGUUUGUGGAAGAAAUUCCCGAUAUCGGAGGCAAGUGUGGGGCAUCCAGAUAACAUUUCUCUGCUGCAGGUUGCGACGUAUCCCACAAUGCUAAAGGACUUAGCAUCGCUCAUCGUAAAGCACACGGUCCCCUCCCGGCGCCACCUGACUCCAGAGCUGCUCCUCCGCCUGGUGACUCCUGAGUGUCCCCUCUGGCGGGCGAAAGAGGACGAGAUCCCCUUCAAGGAUCCCUUUUGGGCCUUCUAUUGGCCAGGGGGACAGGCCACUGCAAGAUAUAUUUUAGACAAUGGCGAAUUAGUAAAAGGCCGCCGUGUGCUGGACAUAGGCUGUGGAUGUGGGGCUGGAACAAUUGCAGCUGUCAAAAUGGGAGCCAGUCGAGUUGUAGCCAAUGAUAUUGACCCAUAUGCGAUAGCCGCCACAAGCAUAAACGCUAUAUUGAAUGACGUAGCAGUCGAAACGAAUUCGAACGACCUAAUUGGUACGAAUUGUGAAGAAUUCGAUACAAUAUUGAUUGGAGACAUGUUCUAUGAUGAAGAGUUCGCUAAUGUCUUGUUUGGUUGGCUGCAGGGUGUAAGGGGAGAAGGAAAAACUAUACUGAUUGGAGAUCCAGGCCGCCAUGGAUUGACUAAGAAAAGACGACAGCACAUUGAGUUGAUAGCUAAAUACAAUUUGCCCCCCGAAAGCUGCAUAGAAAACCACGGGUUCAUAGAAACAUCGCUUUGGAAACUCAAAUAAAAAGACUUUUUGUACUUAAAAUGUUUAUUUAUAAAAAUACAACAAACUACAAUUUAAAUUGAGACCCAAAAUAUAUUUUUCUAUUCGUUGUUAUAUCGUUGAACUUUGUGAUUGAACACAAAAUGUUUUGGAAUGUUUAGAAAAUAUUAAUGGUAAGUAAUUUUAU